CACAGUGUACCUCGUUUGAACGUUUCGGCUGAAUUUCACGAUUUAAGUUAUUCCUAACGUUAAAUGUGUUUAAAAUGGAAAAUGAGGCAUUCAUCUGAAAAACGAAUUUUCGUUUGUGGUGUCGUCAACAACUGUUGUUCAAAAACUAUUACCCCCGCGCCCCAAUUACUGGCUGUAAUGGUACAUUCCAGGAAGUUUCUUUCAUUCAUUCAUCCUGCGACCAGGUGGUUUCAUCGCUAAAUGCAUCACAAUUUCAGUCCACAUUGGAUGAAAGAAAAUUCAUGCGUUCAUCCAAUUGUGGCUUUAUCCAACACCGUGUCCUAGUUGUGAAUACACGACGAUUCUUAAAUCUAGUAAAAGAUUAUCACCGACUGUCAUGUCAGAGUGGACUAGUCUGUGUGUGGCUGUUAGCUUGUUCCUCACUAUUUCGAUAUUAGCAGGUUAUUUUUUGUACUCCGGACUCUUGUCAGAUAUCAUUAUAUUAACUGGAUCUUCCCCUAUAAGAAAGCUAAUGUUCGUCUACAAAUUUAAGGAAGGACCGUAUAAAAAAUGUGCAGAACUGUUUAAAGAGGCCAACAGGAUCGGACCUGAGCUCUCUUGUAUCGGAAUAUUUUAUGAUGAUCCCACAAAGGUGCCCGGACCGCAAUGCCGCUGCGCUGUGGGCAGCAUUGUGAGCGAGGGUGAGGACAAGGCCGACAAGGAGCUUCUGAAGUGCUACGAGACAGCUGGCUUUAAAGUGUUCUCCUUCCCUGAAGUCACACACGUGGUCACUACCUCAUUCCCCCACAGGACCGUUUUCUCGAUCCCCCUGGGAGUAAAACGGGUCUAUCCACGGCUAGAAAGCUACAUCAAGGACAGGAAGCUGUGUGCACACCCGUUCCUCGAGAUCUACAGUAACGAUGUGAUCCACUUCAUGGCUCCGUUGGCUCGGCAAGGAGAUUUCUACGUUCCGGAAGCCCGUCUAGCGGAAAGGAGGCUUCCAGAACAAGAAGAAUUGGACUCUGAUUCGGAAAUUUCAGGUGCAGACUCAAACAGCGAAUGCAGCUCAGGGACUGGGAUUUUCCUGUCAGCCAGUCGAGAGACGUCACUGGUGGCGUCCUCGACCCGGUCCGAGUCCAUCCGGGACAACGGGUACGCAAAUCACACAGGGAAAUCGUCCAGGGACCGCUCGCUCGUGGAGACGGACUGGAAACGGAAUAACCAAGAACGGGAUCAGUUUAAGAAAGGCUCGAGCCAGGUGAGCCUUGACCGUGUCCCGCACUUGUUGGGUGCUGUUGGUGGCGAGGAGUGAAGUUUGACCCGAGCAGAUUUCAAGCCUUAGACAGUUGAACCAUGUUGUGUCAAAGGUUCCUCUGCAAAAACAAAACUAAGAAAAAAAAAAGUUCUCAGGAUGCGCUAAAGUUUUUUUUCUUUCUCUGUGAUUCAAAGUCACAAGCCCACUCUUCUCCUGGAGGCAUGAAUCUUAAAUACUCAUCUUCAUGUGUGAAUGUCAUUUUUUUCACCAUUUAUUAUAUUACAAUAUAAUUUUGGCCGAUUGUCACCCUAAUGACAUGGAUAAUAUACUCUUCAUCCUUGCAGUAAGGAUUCCUGCUGAGAGAUUUUCACGCUUUUUUUUCAAGAAGUGCUCCUCUUUGUUGAGCAAAAUAAUUUUGACUUUCCACUUUGUGCCUCUCAAGCUCAUUUCUAAAUCUGAUUAUUAUUGCGCUAAGGAAUUUAUAGAUGUGCCCAAAUCGGAGGGGCCAUUCGUUGGUUGUGGCUUCUUCAGUUUUCAUUCGUUCUCCUGUUUUCUUCUUUUCGUGGGAACAUUAGCGGGAUCAGAGGUCAUUGACGCCAGACCCGAGAGAGGGGCCUGCCUGUCUUAUGAUAUCUGUUGUAGGUCAUCCCUGAGGUGUUUUUUUUUUUUUUUUGGUGGGGAUUUUCCACUUCAAACUCAUGCACAAAUGCCUUUAUUUUGAUGCUGGUGCACAAAAAACGUAAUUAGUAAAUAAAAUAAAAACUUUUUCAAGUUGUUCCUUCAAAGUUGUAAGCGUACACUUAUCCAAAAUAUAUUGAUACUGUAGUAUCAAGAAUCAAGAUUCAGGGCCAACUGAGUGAUCCAGUCUUAGUGUCAACCCGUGUUCAAAUAUUUGUUGUGUUACACAUUCUGUCAUUUCUGAUGGCCGCUGAUCAUUUUAACACCUGCACCCGCAAGUGCUUGUGCUGUUUUUAGUUCUCUUAAAAGGUUCCAAUAAAUGUAUUUUUUGAAAAAGA